UGUGGUGGUGGACAAGCAGUGGUCGAUGUCACGGCAGAAGGUUCUCAGACGCGGUGCCCUCCAGUCCUGUCCUAGCCCUCAGGAAGAGAAGCUUGUUUAUAGACCUAUGUGUGCCCUUUGGAGCUUCCCUUCAGAGCCUAGCGACGCCAUGGUUCCUUCAAUGACGUGAGACCAGGGUGUGUUUGGCAAUAGAUGAGGAAGAUGGAUGCAGCUUCAGAACUCAUCAAACUUUCCUCGAGCGACUCCAUCUAUGGGACGCUCUCAAACUUUGACAUUGAGAAGAAGAUUGGGAAGGGCCAGUUCAGUGUGGUGUACCGGGCAAGAUGCAAGGUGGACCAGGCAGUGGUGGCCCUCAAGAAGGUGCAGAUAUUCGAGAUGAUGGACUCCAAAGCAAGAUUAGACUGCAUGAAGGAGAUCAACUUACUUCAGAAACUGAACCACCCCAACAUCAUCCAGUACUUGGCAUCAUUCAUUGAGGACAAUGAACUCAACAUUGUCCUGGAGUUGGCUGACGCAGGCGAUCUGUCCCGCAUGAUCCGCCACUUCAAAAAGCAGCAGAGACUUAUCCCGGAGAAGACCAUCUGGAAGUACUUUGUGCAACUGUGCUCAGCCCUGGACCACAUGCACACCAAGAGGAUCAUGCACAGAGACAUCAAGCCAGCCAACGUCUUCAUCACAGCCCAGGGCGUGGUGAAACUGGGUGACCUCGGUCUUGGAAGGUUCUUCAGCUCCAAGACAACAGCCGCUCACUCCCUCGUUGGCACACCUUACUACAUGAGUCCCGAGAGGAUCCACGAGCACGGAUAUAACUUCAAGAGUGACAUUUGGUCUCUUGGGUGUUUGCUGUAUGAGAUGGCUGCCUUGCAGAGUCCCUUCUAUGGUGACAAGAUGAACCUUUACUCACUGUGUAAGAAGAUAGAGACCUGUGAAUACCCUCCUCUCCCCUCAGACCACUACUCAUCCCAGCUCCGGACUCUGGUGGACAGCUGCAUCAACCCUGAGCCAGACCAGCGGCCAGACAUCACCCAUGUGUACAGCGUGGCGCGGGAGAUGCACAGCCACUCACAGUCCCCCAGCUCCUGCAGUUCUGCCCUGUCGGCAGCUACUGUGGACGACAGCAGACACAGCCUGGAGCAGAUCCGCCUGAGGGACUAGCAGCGUGCCAACUGGCGGAGGUAUACACGAUGCGAGGAGAAGACCAGCCCCAAUGCUCAGGCUGCCUGGAAUGAGCCAUCCAACCCAGGCCAGUCCAGAGAGUCCAUCCGGUCUGGCAACCACGACAUAGGGAUGACGGGAUCGGGCCAGGCUGUGGCACCCUCCAGGGAGAUGUGGGCACGGGACCCAAGGGCAGCCAGCAUCUCUGACUCCUAUGAGAAGAGGAGCCACAGCCAGGCAGCGCAUAGGAGGCACAGCUCCUCUGGCCGGUCAGACAGCAACUCUGGCCAGCAACGGCCGCCUGUCAGGACCAACAUCCCCAGGAACUCUCAGGACGACCUCUCACUAGUCAACAUCUCCAACGGCAGCGAGGUGAGGAUCCCCAUGCAGGACUCCCCCAUGGUGACGCCACCACACGGGGCCGGCAUGUAUCCACCCAGGAACAGGUACAAUGUGCGCCUCCCACCACUCAGCAAGAGGCAGUACUAAGUCACCACUCACCCUGCAGUGGGAUGGUGCUCAUUUUGUGUGGUAGUCACAAGUAUCUGAGCAGAGACAGGCUGUUAACAUCAUUCAUCUGGCAGUGAGCAAUGUCUGGUUGUAUAGAAUCACAGUUUGAUUCUGCCAUGCUCACCUUGUCAGCUUGUGAGGUUCACAAAGCAGGCAAACUGUGUACAGUGACAAGUUAAAGUGUCACCUUUGGCAACAUGUCUCAGAUGAGAGCACAUCUUUCAGUGAAGCAGGUGUUUGGUGAUCUAGUGAGAGGAAAUUAUCGUGUAUACUUCCACCAGUUCAUAGUGAACUAGACAUUUAGAUAUUUCUUCUUGAUAUUGAUUCUGUUUUAAUUUUGAGAGAACUCAUUUUAUGAUGUUCUGAUACCAUGAAGAACUCUUCAUAACAUUAUUAUGUGCUAUAAAAUGUUUAUAGUUAUUGCAGGAGAGAACAGCUUUUAAGGCAUCAAUGACACAUUAUGUCUUGAAAUAGGAAAAUAUUGGGAGAAGGAAUGACAUCAUAAUGGACUUACUUAAGCCAGUGUAAGGAAGUGAUUUAGGUGAUCACAAACCCUCAAUUAGACCAGUGCUUGAAGCUCAUCAGAAAAGAGGAAGUCUCCUCAGUGGAUAUUGUAGUCACUCCUAGUCACUCUUGUGUGAGGAAGUGAGGAACUGUGCUCAGCCUAUUUGAUAAUGAAUUUCAUAGAGGCUGAAGAGAAGUGUGACUCAAAUACUCUUCACACACACUCAGGAGCUCAACAUUUUACUCCCUCCAGUAUGCCUUGUAGUAAUCAAGAGCCGUCCUUAUGUGUGAUAGAAACAAAACUUGCCGGUUUAAUUCCAUUAACAUGAGACAACAUUGGGAAGAACUUGUACUGAGUUCAUAGCUUUUUGUUUUUGAUGAUGUAUUGAUUGCUGGGUCAGUGGUCACUAAGGGUUAAUCUUUCAGUUAUUAGGCGGUGGGUUUGUGGUAGCUUUGUGCCAGACUGUGAUGUAUUGGAUUAUUCAUGAAUUAAUUACAAUUUGAACAUAUUAUGUUCACAUCCUUUGUGGUAUGUGUUUCUUCUUGUCUCAAUUAUGCAAUUAUAUUUUGACAAGGCUGAUAUUGAAAAUUUAAUUACCACUUUAUAUGCAUUAUAUGCAUCAUCAAGUUCAGAUAUUUACUCUGUGGGAUUUUCAAGAAGAACUGAUGAAAUGAAAUGCAAAACAGCUGUCAACUAGAGAGAUUAAUCUUCCAAAGAUUUAGUGUGUGUGUGUGUGUGUGUGUGUGUGUGUGUGUGUGUGUGUGUGUGUGUGUGUGUGAAGGAGCAAGCUGAGAGAGUGACAUGAGUAAGUCUCCUGGUCAUAGUCAAGCAGUAGAUUGUUACCUAACAUGUAAAUAAAUAAACCAAAAGCAAACUUUAUUUUCUACAACCCAGCUACAGUUACAGUAGCAGUAGGUGCAUAUACACACUCAACACACAGAAGACUGUCCUUACUUGUCUUAAGUACUGCAGCACCUGCCGAGCCUAGGCAAGUGUGCUACUUGUACAGUGUCAGCAUGUACUACCACCACCACCACCACCACCAGCCACAACCAGUACUGCUAAGGUCAUGCUGGGUUGUAAUGUAGAUAUAUACAAAUAUUACUCACUUGGAGAUAUUUAUGUACAGACAUUGAACCAUUUGAGUUAGUUUUUGUUACACAUUGUACCGGCCAAAGUAUACAAAGUUGUACUAAGUUAUAGAUCAGCUUUGCUUUCAUCUCGGGCCACUUUUAUUGUUGGUAAAGACUUAAACUGUACUUAAUAUUUCAUUCCAAUAAAGUUACAACACAGUUUCUA